UGUUGGACGUCAUUACAACGAUCCGUAUCCAUUUGUUGUGCUCCCUGAAUCAAGAAUGGAUAGGAAAUUUGAAGUUGAUAACCUCGAAACGCGUCUUGAGACGCUGGAAAGUCGUAUAUACGGUGAAAAAAGGAACAAGGGAGGGAAACCCGUGAAGUGCGCGGAUUCCCUCUCCAGAAUUCAGGCUGCCCUUACAAACACUGCAAAUAAGAGGGAACGAGUGAAGAUUCUACACAAAAAGAUUGAGGACCUGCUGAAGUAUCUGAACCCUCAGUUCACUGACCACAUCACUGUUCCUGAUGCCAUGAAGCUGGAAUUCAUCCUUGCUGAGGAAGACUUCCUCCUUUCCCAGGCCACCCUUCUGGAGCAGGUCAGCAACCUCCAGCCACUAUUGGACAGCAACUACAUCAGAGAUGUGCCAGAGCAUGCCACCAAGCUACAGCGUUUGUCUCAGAUUCACAUCAAAGAGCAGGACCAAACUGAGGCCCAGUCCCUAGAGGUGAAGAAGCUGUUUGAGGAGUAUAACAAAAUGAUGUUCCUGCUGUCCAAGCAGUUCACCCAGUGGGAUGAGAGCCUGCGGAAAGUGGAGGAGGCAAAGGGAAUCCGUCAAGUGGAGUAGCGAUUAUGUCCAGUGAUGACCAUUGUGACAACGUCACAGCAUGAUGUCAUCUGUGUCAAGUGUCCGAAAUGCACAUUAAUGUAACUUGCUGGAUAUUAUUGUUAUUUAUUUACAGCUACAUAUAGAGACAUUUGCAUAGCGCUUUUUUUUAAAAAAAUAUAUAUAUAUAUAUAUAUAUAUAUAUAUAUAUAUAUAUAUCCUCUUUGUACAUUUAUUCAACAUAGAAUGUACCCAUGCAUUCCAACUCUGCAACACUGCUCCAGGCAAUCACAAGACUGCUUUCUUUCUGGGUCGCUUGACAGUAGAGCAUAGAGAAGAAUUUGCACACUAACUUAAUUCUUCUUCCACAAAGUCUUGGUUUUAAAUGGUUUUAUAUCAGACACGACUGCAAAUGUAAAGUAAUUGCAAUAAAAUCCAUACUGUUCAACCUGAA